GAAGAGAAUAUUUUAAAAAGACUCCAACAUUAAGAAAUUCACAGGUUGUUUGAUACAUCAAUGCCUUGGGGGAUUUCUAGACUAAAAUGGUAUGAUGUCAAUGAUUACUGUUCGUUAUCUUCACCUUUCACGAAUAAGAAUCUGAGAAUAGUUUCUUUUAAAUAUUUCUUGAGAUAAAAUAAAUUAAAACUUGGUCAUAUAACAGUGUUUACUUUAUCCAUUUUACUGGGUCGGGCAUUAAACAGCAAGUGAUAGUAAGCCCGGAAGGAAAUUAGUCUCAACUUACUAUCAGCCAUCAAGGGAAAAGACGUACAAAAACGAGUAGUACUCUCCCACUAUCAAACAAAUCAAUGGAAAACUAUCCGAUCGAAUGUAGUCCUACAACGGAUGUUCGUUGUCAAUUAUUCAUACAUGUAGAAGGAAGUAUAUCGAAAGCUACUAAUGCAGGAGCGUUAAGAGAAUUCUAUAUAAUACAGAUCGGUAUGGGGAAACAAAACAGUAAGUUAAGACCGGAAGUGCUGGCGGACCUCAACCUUAACACAAGUUUUAGCAAAGACGAAAUCCAAGAUUGGUAUAAAGGUUUCACCAAGGACUGCCCCAGCGGAAGUUUGAGCAUACAAGAAUUCAAAAACAUUUAUUCCGAGUUAUUUCCCCUUGGAGAUGCCUCCAAAUUCGCUGAACACGUGUUCAGGGCGUUUGAUGAAAACAAGGACGGAACCCUGGAUUUUAGGGAGUUUAUGUGUGCAUUAAACGUCUCGUCACGAGGAACCCUGGAACAGAAGAUUCACUUUGCGUUCCGGAUAUACGACCUUGAUGGCGAUGGGUACAUCUCAAAAGACGAAAUGUGCGAAAUCAUCAAAGCAAUUUACAAAAUGGUGGGACCAUCAAUGAAAGAUAGCGAACACGAGCAGACCCCGGAGCAGAGGACGGAGAUUCUGUUUCAGAGGAUGGAUAAAAACAUGGACAAACUCCUGUCACUUCCGGAAUUCGAGGAGGGAGUGAAGGGAGACACCACCAUCGUCAAGUUUCUUCAGUGCGAUAUUUAAUGCGACAUUUAAUGUUGUGUAUAAAAAUGUUGAUUUUUGAUUAAUCAUUGUUCAUGUAAGAUGGGGGUAUAUACACAGUAUCAAUAUUUUCUUACUUGUUUUAAAUAAUCAAAAGUUGAAUAUUUGAAUUUCCGACUUUCUAUUGCUAUAAAAUUGUUAAAAUGAUGAUACAAGAAGGCUAGGUUAGGGGAUAAGUAAGGUUAGCGUUUUCAAUUUCGGGACUAAAGCUAAUUGAUUUAGACAUAUGCAGUUAUGAUAAUAUUGCUUUAUCUGUUUUGUAAGCUUUAACCAUAUACCGUUAUACUGUACAUGUAUAGCUUUGAUAGUUCCCUUGAGAAUAUCACUGAUUGUAAAAUUUAUCGAUUAUAGCAUGAUAUAAUUGACGUAAUGAAAUGUGGUAUCAAUA